AUGGGAAACGCAUGCAGCGGCUGCUGCGGCGACAGCAGCGACCCGCUGCAGAUCCCCCUCGAGGCCCUCAGCGGCAGCGAGCAGCAGCUGGCGCAGCACUUUCGCCCCGAAAUGGCUGAAGCCCUCAAAGAGGGACUUGCUGUCGGACUCAUCCUCCAAGACAAGUCGCGUCUGGAGUGCGUGGUGCGUCUGAGCAGCGGAGAAGACAGUUUGCUGCUGUCUUGCGAAGCAAAAAGCCGAGUUGUUGCGCUGCAGUCCGUCAAAGCUUUGCUGCACAGCAGCAGCCAGCUGCUGCGGGUGGACUGCUCUGCGGGCAUUCGCCCCACAGACUUCUGUGCUGCGCUGCACCUUGCUGCUUCGGGCAACUGCAUUCCUCUUUUCUUUGCUUCUCUCCGCGACAAGAACCUUUUUCUGAUAACCCUGGCCCACGUCCGCACCCGCAGCAGCAGCAGCAGCAGCAGCAGCAGCAGCAGCAGCAGCAGCGGCGGCGGCGGCGGCGGCGGGGGCGCGGGGGGAGCUGCUGCAGCAGGCGCUGCGCCUGCUGCAGCAGCAGCGCCGGCUGCUGCAGGUGCUGCUGAGGCAGCCAAGGCGCCGCACGCAGCUAAUGCUGCAGCAGCAGCAGCAGCAGCAGCAGCAGCAGCAGAGGCCUCCCCAGGCAAAGCCAGCCGCACCUAA